ACAGUGACGGAGUCAGCUGAGUAUCGUAUUUUCAUCUCAGCGUCAUUUUUCUUUCAGAGAGAGAAAAAUAGAGAAAUUCGGAGAGGGAGAGAGAGAGCCAUGGAAAUGGAAGGAAGAAGAAGUGAAGUGGUUGUCUCAUCUCUGCAAUUCGCCUGCUCCCACGAUAUCUCCACCAACGUCGCCGCCGCUGAGCGGCUGGUCAGGGAAGCACACGCAAAAGGAGCAAAUAUCGUUCUUAUUCAGGAACUUUUUGAGGGAUAUUACUUCUGUCAAGCGCAAAGAGAGGACUUUUUUCAGCGAGCCAAGCCUUACAAGAACCAUCCCACCAUUGCAAGGAUGCAGAAGCUGGCGAAGGAAUUAGGCGUAGUGAUACCUGUUAGCUUCUUUGAGGAAGCAAAUAAUGCACAUUACAACUCAAUUGCCAUAAUCGAUGCUGAUGGUACUGACCUUGGGAUUUAUAGGAAGUCGCAUAUUCCCGAUGGACCUGGUUAUCAAGAGAAGUUUUAUUUCAAUCCUGGGGACACUGGCUUUAAGGUUUUCCAGACGAAGUUUGCGAAAAUUGGAGUUGCUAUAUGUUGGGAUCAGUGGUUUCCUGAGGCAGCUCGAGCUAUGGUUCUACAGGGUGCUGAAGUAUUGUUUUAUCCCACUGCUAUUGGUUCUGAACCUCAAGACCAGGGAUUGGAUUCUCGUGAUCAUUGGAGGAGAGUCAUGCAAGGGCAUGCUGGAGCUAAUGUGGUGCCUCUAGUAGCUUCGAAUCGCAUAGGGAAGGAAAUAAUUGAAACUGAGCAUGGACCAAGUCAAAUCACUUUCUAUGGGAACUCCUUCAUUGCCGGACCAACAGGUGAAAUUGUGGCUGAAGCUGAUGAUAAAACCGAGGCUGUUCUCGUGGCACAGUUUGACCUUGAGAAGAUCAAGUCGAAGAGGCAAAGCUGGGGAGUGUUCCGUGACCGCCGUCCAGAUUUGUACAAGGUGCUUCUUACAAUGGAUGGUAACCUUUGAAUCUAAUGAUGUUAUUAGCUUUGUUCUAUCUGUUUGAGUUGCUUUAAGAUCAUCGUGGAGGAAAUCUGUUAACUUACUACUACUGUUAUUGCUGCCUUAGUUUUUGGUAAGCUAAAAUAAGGACCCAUGAUUGGUUUUACUUGUAUUUCCUAUGAUAAAUAACAUCUCAAAAUUUGUUGCGACU